UGGAUGUUUUUUGGCGCUCUAUUUAUAAAAUGUUAUAUUAUACUCAUAUAAAUGACAUAAACAUCACAUAAAAUAACAUGAUAUUUGCUGAAAUGACACGUAAAAUAACUUUCAUUGAUCUAGAUUUUUUUUCACUGCAUCAUUUUUUACAAAUUAGUGCUAGAAAAGUAUGCUAUAUAGUGACUACUGACUAGUGCACAAACUUUACUUAUUAAUGUAGUACAUAUUAAUUUUAUUUUAGAACAUAUCCUAUUACAUUUGCGUUUUUUGUUGUAUCUUUUGGAAAACUCUUAACCACGCAUUUGUGUUUGCGAUCAUUACACGUGAUAGGUUAGUUACAAAAGAUCCACUCAUUCAAUGGGAUAUUCCGCUCCCUCCUCAGUCCUUACAAUUGCUUUUGCGGCUAGGGUUCAAAACCAAGAGAGUAUUUGCUACACUAAAAAGUUUUCUGUCCCCUCCCGUGGAAUUUGAUAGCCUUCUUGUUGAUCAUCAAACUCUUAUUGGCUUUUAAAAAAACUCAAGAUACUAUACUAUCCAUAACAAUUUCACAAGCAUAGAUCGAGCUCUUAUCACUCAAACAUAAAAAACCUUUUUUUUUUGUAACUGCACCGAUCAUCAUUCUUACCAUUUGGUUCUCCCAUUUUCAGCCCCAUCAAGCUCUACUAUCUCAUACUUAAAGCAACUUGAUUACUCUCAGUUUGUUCAGGUUGCUCUAUUACUAAUUGGUUCAUUUGAUUUCAUAUUGUACAAGUAUACACUAUUACAUAUAUGCAAAAUAAUCGUUUACUAAAUGAUGCCAACAAAGAGAUGAACAGGGUAAGUCAAAAAGAAUAAUAAAUAAAUAAUCACCUUCUUGAUAAUAUAAACAUUGACCAAAAUGUUCUUAGAAGAAAAUUGCAUCAAUUCAAAGAACACAAAAACUGGCAUAUUUAUAUCUUAGUUUUAUAGAUACUGUUCCUUUUGAUGUAAACCUCAAUAUUUCUGUAGAGGUCUACUCGGUUUUGAUGCUACAUAUCAGAUCAAUUCGUUUUAUUUUUAAAACAGUUCAAAUUCAAUGUUGUUCAGAAAGUAUGAUCUAACCAAUGAUGAACGCUAGCAUAGUUUAAAAAAAAACGCUUUACAUACUUUUUACAUUGAAUAUUAGUAUGAGAAAAAAUGAAUUAAUUUUUACAUAACUCGAAAACUUCUCAGCACAACGUGAAUAAAAUCCUAAUGUAACUAACACUCGAUACAGGUAAAUUCUACGCUCGCAGAUAAUAAAUAAGCUACGAACAACAUAACUAAGUACUUUAAUAAAAUAACAUAGAGAAAGGAAUUUUAGGUCUGAUUGGCUGUCUGAGGUAAGUAGCAGGAUCAAAGGGAUUUGAUUCGAUAAAAAUGAUUUUAAAUAAAAUCCUUAACAAAUCAAUAAUUUGAGUAAUAUUAAAUCAUAGACGAGAAAAGAUAGAGAAGAACUAGACAGAUCGAGUGUGAUAUAAUAAUGUACGUAGCAGGGGAAAUGCAUGUGCACACAAUCUACAUUAGAUAUUAUCUUAACAAAUACCCUCUCCACUAUGCUCUGUCUUUUUUGGUUUUAUGCUCUCUUAAUUACUCAUCAAAUCACUUCUAAUCUCAACAUGAUCCGCUGUUUUGAUACACUUCCCUGUCUCUAAGUUAUUUCAAUCAUUCGGAUCAUAAAUUAUUUAAACUUAUGCAUAUAUAUAUGUACGUAUAUAAGCAUGUAUAUCAACUUUUAAACAUACGUACAUAUUCUUCGAAGUUGUAAACUAACCAUUCGGAUAAGAUGGUCCGCAUUUUCAUAUGCAUACUUUUGUAACCCUAAACAAUAACAAAUUUGAUAGUCGUAAUCUUUCAUUUAAACUGGGAUUUUUCUGCCGGACCUAUCAACACAUAAUGAAAAUUCGAUGUACAUGAGGAAAUUAAACCUUUUACAUACAUUAGUUUAACUUUAAUCAAAUCUGAGGUUAAUAACGUAAUUAGGAGUGGGCAAUUCAGUUUAAAUUUGGGUUUGGUUUGGAUCCGGUUCGAUUUGUUUGAGUGUAUGAAAACUUUAACUAAAGUAAACCAAAAUUAGUUUGGUUCAGUUUGUGUUCAAUUUGGUUCGAUUUAAUUUGUUUUGUUCAGUCGAACCGAGUUGGUUUUUAAUUUUGUUCUAGUUUAAUUACGAAAAUAUUAUUCAUAAAACAGAAAAUAAAUCAUCAUUUGACACUAAAUUGUUAUUUUCUUUGUAUUUAAAUGUAAAGCCAAACAUCACAAUCAAAAUCUAAAAAAUAAUCUAAUAAUUUUAUAUUAUUACCUUCGAAUCUAAGAUAAAUCAUAUGUAGUUUUUUCGAUUUUGAUUAUAGUGUUAAAAUAUAUAUUUUGUUUUAUUAUUAGUUGGGUUUCUUUUAUUCUUUUAGAAGUAAAAUAUAAUAAUAUUGUUAAAUAUCUUAAAACUCAAUAUUUUAAAUAUAUUUAGUUAAUAUAAUUGAAUAAACACUUCGAUUUUUUUAUUCAGUUUUGUUUAAAGCUAAAUCGAACCUAACCGUUUAGGUUGAUUAAACCUUUAACUAAAGAGUUGAGACAUAUACGUUAGUUUGGAUUGUGUCCGUUUGACUUCAAUUGGGUUCUGUUUGGUUCGGUUCUGUUUACUUCGGUUCAGGUUUCUAUUCUCACCAUUAGAAGUUAUCGAAUUAACAUAUUUCAAGGUCAUGCACAUAAAUUAAAGAAUGCUCAUCGUCAGCAUAUGAACUAAUACGUGUCCUGCAAUUAGCGGUCUAUUCAAAAGUGACACCUCGUUGCUACAUUUCUAUAUAUGCUUCCCGCAGAACUAAUUAAGGUUAAGACAUGUUCGAGGGAUCACAUGAUUCACGACCUGGUGUAUUAGUUUAGAAAUUAUUUAUCCAGAAAAGGUGUAUUAGUAUUAGUUUUCUUUUGAUCGUUACUGAACGUAGCGUAGAUAUUAAGUCAAUUAAUCGACCUGGGCUAGAGGUUAACAUUCAUUCAUUUCCAAUUACUUAAUUUAGUUGACAAUUCAUUAACAAACCUUGGGAAAAAAACCAUGCAACUCUAAAUAGUAGCGUUGGAAAAGGAUGGAUAUGAUGACUAUUAGUGAAUGUAUACUGGGAGUAAUAUUUUAAAUUUUCUAGAAAUGAUUGUAAUAGUUUUGUUUUGUUGGUUAAAAUAAAACUGAGUAUAUAUUGCGGUAAUUUGUUUUAGUAAGCUCUUAACAAAAAAUCCAACAUGGAUUGGGUGAUAUGUACUAACUACUAACCAAUAAAUCUUGUUUUGGUGACAUAAAAAUCAAUUUGUAAAUAUAUUUCCGGAAGCUACAAAAAGAUGUAUUGAAUCUACAUAUAUAAAUUCAGAUCUAAUAAAUUCUUCUUGUAUUAUGUAAGUAAAUAUAUCUAAUUAUAUAUUAUUAUUUGUUACGUUUAUAGUUUUCCUUUUGUAAUUUCCGUUUGUUACUCAGACGAUGAAAAAGAGAAUAAACAUAAGUUUACGUUACUUAAUGGUUUUUAAAGAGAUUCUUUAAAUCGGAGAUAUUUUUAGAAGCUAAAAAGAAGAUUUAUUGAAAGUAAGAAUCGUUUUUGUUGCUCGUACGAGAAAAAGAAAGAUUCGUUUUCCGUUACCUAAUAAAUUUUUAAAGAUUUUAAUAUUGGUCGCUAUAAGAUCUAAGGGUGUUUACUUCAUAUUACUGAAUAAAUAAUUUAGGAAAAGUAACACACAAAAUUGUAGUUCAUAUAAAAUUUACGAAAUUUAAAAAAGAAAAUAACUUUAAUUUCCAAUAAAAUAAUUUAUAGAAAAAAAUAUUAAAUAUUAAAUAUAUAAAUAAAAAUUUCUGACGAAAAUAUAGAUUUUAUAAAAUCUUUUAAGAUGUAAUAAACAUGAUUCCUUAUAUUUCCACAAUAAUUAUACUUAACUUACAAAAUAUUUUUAUCCAAAAACCUACAAAUCUGACACUGUUGUUUUUUCUUUUGCUAUUUGAAAUAAACGGGUAUUUAAGCCAAGAAAAAGCUUUUGUUUUUACUCCAUACUGGUUUCUUAGCUAGUACUUUGCUAACUUUUGAAUAUAUACAAUUAACAGAAGGAAAAAAAACUUAAAUAGUGUUAAUAUAGAAUAUACAUACGAAAAACUGAUUAUACAUUCUUAAUUGUAAUAUGAAAAAUAUUGUACAAAGUCUUAUUUAGGUGUAAUUAAUUUGUAUUUCUCAGUUAAAACAGAGUAACUAUUUAAGCAAAAAAAAAACUAGAUCCAAGACAGAGAUAGCUGGAUAUAAUUAGAUCGAAUCAACAUCAAAGUUUGUUUCGAAGUCAUCCAAAAGCAAAAAAUAACUAAGAAAAUUUAAGCUAAUCAUUUAUAUUAUUUUAUUUCACAAUAAUUGUAAUAAAUAUAAUUGUUAAUUAAUUAAUUGGAAAAUAAAUAAAAGAGAGUAGGGAAAUUAAAAUAAGGGCAUAAAAUCUAUACAUGUAACGUAAUGUAUUUGUGUGCGUGGCGUAUCUAUUGAAAUCUGGACACAAUCUGAUCCAGCGAUGCAUUAGUUAUUAUACGUAUAUAUGUUUUAAAUAAAAAAUUUAAAAUAAAAAUUAAUUAAGAAAGGCUUAUAAAAAAGACCAACAAUUCACCAUGAAAGAGAUCUCUCUGAUUCCUUAGAUCAAAGCCAACUUAACAAGAAAAUUCCAUUUCUCUACCUCUCUCUAGAGAAGACUUUCUCUCUCUAGUUCUUGAUUUUCCGGUGUACAUCAAGAGCGGAGAUUAAAAUUAAAUCUGAUAAAAGAAACAUGGCAAGUAAUUUCUUUGGUAAGCCAAACACGAGAGGAUCUUCGCCGUCUUUAGCGUCUCCAACAUCGUCUUCUUCAUCUCCGGCGACCAGAAGAGGAAAGAAGAAUGGUUCCGAGAAGCCAAAGCAGCCACAAAGAGGUCUCGGAGUAGCGCAACUUGAGAAAAUUAGAUUACACGGCGAGAUGAGUUGCAACAAUUAUAAUCCGUCUUUGUAUCCUCAGGAGAAUGUGAGGAUGCAAGGAGAAUAUCCAUCCAUACCAUCAUCAUCACCAUCCUUUACAUAUGCAUCACCAUCGUCGACUCCUUAUGGCUUCUAUCCAGAUAUGAUGAUGGGUGUACAUAGAGAUCAGUACGAAAGAGCAACCAUGAGUUGGAAUCCAAGCUACGGCAUCUUAGAGAGCCAACAUUCUUUGGAACCAAACAUCACCAGACAUUUCUUACACGAGGAUCCAAGUUCUACAAGGCGAAGUAAAUCGUUGGGAUCAGGAAACCAAAACUCGGGAUCGAGUGACAAUCAAGAGCUAGAUUUGGAAUUGAGAUUGUCAAUUUGAUCAUUUGUAAUAGUUUGAUCUUCAUGAAACUGAAAAAGUCUCGCAUUGUGAUUAUGCUGAAAAUAAAAUCUAAGCAACAACAUCUGAUUAGUUUCGAUUUGGGGUAUAACUUAUUUUCUUCGUAGGAUUGUUUGACCGUUUCUGUAGAAAAAUAUUUAGAGAAUGGAAAUCGUUUGUAAAUCUUAAGGAAUAUAAAAAGUUAGAUUAUAAACUUUUCAUGGUAAAUUCUCUUGAAGCGAACAUGUUAAACUCUGUACGUAGUUGUGACAAAGAGACAAAAAUGCAGUAUAUAAUAUAUAUAGCAUCCAUUUUCAUUAACAUUCACUUCAUUUCCAUUCUUCUUAUAAGAAUUUGUGUAGUUUAGAUCUUAAAGGUUAUAAUUUAUUUUUGUAUAAAGCAAUAAAACAUUCAAUUGAGCUUGGGGGAAGAACAAUAUAAGGACAGCGUGGGAGUUUAUAAUAAGGGAUAAAAUAGAAUUUCUUAUGUUUUGUAAGAUCUAAGAUUUUUAAAAAAAUAUUUGCUUACAUCAUCUAACACCCAAAGAUAUAUUUAGUGUAACGUUCAUAAUGCAAAAGUUUAUUUUGUUGCAGCAGCAUCUUUUCUAUAUGCUUUUGUGUUCUUCUAUCUUAAAACUUGCAAAUUUUUACUUCUAGAGAGCAUCAUACCCCGUGUUUCAAAAAAAAAAAAGAGAGCAUCAUACCCUAGAAAAUUAGUUUCUUUCAUCACCUUUUGUAUAACAUCAUAUGACUAAGACAAGAGCAUAAGCUAUCAUGGCUUUGGUCAAGUGAUAUGCGAGACCCCGAUCAACCUCACUUGAAACAAAAUCACAACUAUGUGAGAAGUUUGGGCUUCGGCUUUGGUCAAUGUAGUUUAAUUUGUAGUCUGGUAACAAAAGAUCUGGCUACCCUAUAGCAUUAAUCAAAAAACAUUUCAAACCCGGACCAGACAGUGUAAUGAUCAUUCAAGGAGGAGCAUACACCAUAAUAGCACUAAGUGUUCUUUAAGAGCAAAAUCCAAUUUUUGAAAUUCAAGUUACAUAAGCAUUUUAAACUUUCAAAAUCCGAAGUCUAGAUGACAACAAACUUUUUCAUCUCAAAUUUACCUUACACUAACUCUAUGACUUAGAAUUUAUGUGAUUUUCUGAAAUUAUAUUCUUUAUCUGCUUAAACACGAUGCUCUGAUAUCAUCUGUAAAUGAUUUUUUAAACCUAAAUCCAGUAUUUAACUAAUUAACCUGAGUACACUUCUUGUUAAAUAUUGAUUCAAUUUAAAUACAUUUACCGAUAUAUCUGAGGAAAGGAUCAUAUCACUCUCAGUGAUCCACUAGUAUCAGAUAUAUAUAAGAGUCUGAGAUACACAAUACAAUCUCAAUUUUUCUGAUCUAUUCACCAAGAAAAAUCACAACCAUAAACUAAAUACUUAAACUUACUAUAAAUAUAUGUUCGUAGGAGAAGAAACACACAAACUAAAGAAAAAAAACCGCUUCUCUUAGAUCUUAUACAGUUUUCCUUCUGUCUCCCCUCUUCUUCCAUCUUGCCUCUCUUUCUCUAUAUAUGAUGUUCUGAGUGUUCCUUCAAAAAAUUAGAU